GCCUAUGUAUAUGUACAUACAUUAGUUAUUAUUUUUAUUUUAAAUCUUCUCAAACAGCCUGCCCUACACUUUAGCCCCCGCCCCUCCCCCUCGCGUCGCUGCUGCUCAGCCUUGCCCUGCACUGACUUUCUUUCUGUCUCCUCUACUCUCAUAACUUUAUGUGUUGAGAUAAUGUGUGUGUUUGUUUUCAUGUGGCUUGAGUCAACAUUAGCCGUUAGCUUGGAGAAUGAAUGGAGAACGGAUGCCAAUGGCAUGAAACAUAUCCCCGCGACGGGAGGAGAAUCACUCGCGGCAUUGGGGCAAGCAGAGCAGAGAGCGAGAGCGUUGUCGUUCACUGAGUGAUUCAUGUCGUUAAUCCGCGGUGAACGAAUCGUUCGCUCAGUCCCUCCCCCCCGCCCCCAUGAUGAGUAGCUGGCUGCGUCGUUCGCCGACGUCGAGGGUUCAGUGAGUCACAGAAUGCGCCAGUUCCACUCAUACCGGCAUGGUCGCGGCGGAGCUCAACUGAACUGAGAAAGGAACGAAUCAGUUCAUGAAGUGAUUCGGUUCAGUACGUUCACUCAAAAGAUUCGUUCGUUCGAACGAAUCGUUCGCGAACGACACAACAUUACUGACCAUCAGAUUAUGAGGAAGUGCAGCAGAAGCAAAUAUUGCAGCUUUUUCCUGCUUCCGUUUUAAAGUAGACAAAAAGAGAAAGAAGAAAACGGUUAGUGAGAGAGAAAUGAUGACUCGUCACAUUCCUUAAUAACAAUAAGCAGCUGGAAGAGAAACCUAGCUGGACAGAACAUGCUCCGCUUUAGGCUUGUCUACAUCUUCUUCUACAACUUGCUGCAGUUCUGUGGACACACAUGGAUACUGACUAACACCAUCAUCAGGUUUCUCAUAUUUGGCCAAGAUGCCGUGGCAGACACUUUUUACACUGUCGGACUUGUCAUGAGCCUCUGCCAGCUGCUCUCCAUUUUGGAGCUUUUCCACAUCGCAGAUGGGAUUGAGGAGGCCAAACUACUUCCACGCCUCAUCCAAGUUUUGGAGAAGAACCUGCUGCUCAUGAUGCUCGUCCUGUUGGAGGAGUUUCAGAGCAAACCGGUCGUGUGCGUACAGCUCUUCUUUUGGAACAUCUUGGACUUACUGAGGUACCCUCAUGAAGUGCUCUGUGUGAUGGAUACCACCUUCACGGUCAUACUGUGGGCCCGCUACACGCUGUGGAUCCCAGUGUACAUCCUGUCUGCCAUCACAGAAGGGGUCACAAUAUACCAGGCAAUGCUCGACACGGCGACGUCAGCCUCCGGCAUGCAGAAUUCCACAGAUUCCUCACACAGUCAUCAGCCGUUUGUCCACAAGGCUUCUCUGCCUCUUCUUGCUCUUGGUGUGUCGUUUACAGUGUGGCAGUCACUGAAGGAGAGACAACAUCAGCUGGAGAGGUGGCACAAGAAGAUGAAAAGAAAGUGACCGCUUACUAAUAAACUAAGGAUACAAUGUA